GUCUAUCCCAUACUAGCUCAAACUACGGACUUCAAAAUCAAAGGGCGGCUUGCUAAGAGAGGAAUAGACUAUUCGCAUAUUCCUAGCAAUGCAUUGGAAGGAAAGACAUUAAUAACGAUAAUUCAUGUAGCUGAGUCAUAUCUAAACAUUGCCAUUAGAGAGAGGAGGGUACUAACACAUACAAUACAACAUGGACGAGAAUUUAUCGAGAGGCUAUUGCCAACUUUCUGAGGACAACGAAGAUAGGACAUCUAUUCCCAACGGACAUAUUACAACACCCAGGGAUAAACAUAAUCUCGUAUAUCUUAGUUUAGUCCUCGCUGGAGCAGGGUUUCUCCUCCCAUAUAACAGUUUCAUUACGGCAGUUGACUACUAUCAUGGACAUUUUCCGGAUAGUACGAUUAUAUUUGACAUCAGCAUAACGUAUAUUUGCAUGGCCUUCAUUAGUGUUUGCAUCAACAAUCUUCUCGUGGAGACUUUUAGUCUGCAGAUAAGAAUUACGUUCGGUUAUAUACUGUCAUUUGUGACUUUGUUAUUUGUGGCGACGUGUUUAAUAGGUCUGGAACUAUUUCCUAAAGAAAUAACACAUACUGUUACGUUGGUAUCUGUUGGAGUUGUUGCCUUGGGAUGUACAGUUCAGCAAUCCAGUUUCUAUGGUUACACAGGAAUGCUUCCAAGGCGAUACACACAGGCUGUUAUGACGGGCGAAAGUGCAGCUGGCUUAUUAGUUUCGAUGAAUCGCAUAGCAACAAAAGCAUUACUCAACAACGAGCGCAUAAACACACUUAUAUUUUUCGCCCUUUCCAUCGCUAUAGUGUUAUCUUGUUUCGUCAUAUUUCACGUGACUAAAAGGUCAGAGUUCGUGAGAUUUCACGUGACUAUGUGUAAAAAUGCUGGUGUGGCGGAUGACCAACGGGGGAUAACAACGGAAGUGUCGAAUCCUGAAGAAGUUGAUAUAGUUAACCCGAAUGCAAACCGUGACAAUUAUGGUGUCCUUGCGUUUAACAACCAAGUGGAAUCCCCUGACUCGGCCACACAUGAAGUGAUUGCAGACCCAGAUGCUCAAGGUCAAGAAAGUGAUGUCCAGAUAAAGAGGGGCAGUGGUCAGACAUACAGAAGACAACUACCAUGCUGCAUAGGCUUAAAAAGGGGUAUUAUGAACAGAUACAAGGUAUCAAAACAAGUAUGGCCUUACAUGGUGGCAAUCUGUCUCGCUUACUUCGUAACUCUUUCCUUAUUCCCUGGUAUCGAAUCUGAAGUGGUAAGCUGUCAUCUCGGAAGCUGGAUGCCCGUCAUCCUCAUCUCCGUUUUCAAUCUCUUUGAUUUUAUUGGUAAAAUUAUUGCCGCGCUGCCUUAUGAUUGGCCACGUGGUCGCUUGGUUUUGUGUUCGCUGUGUCGGGUUGCCCUCAUUCCAUUGAUGAUGCUAUGUGCAACCCCUAGGAACAGCCCAGUGCUGGAGGCAGAGUUCUGGCCAAUAUUCUUGUCGCUCCUAUUGGGACUCUCAAAUGGUUAUUUCGGUAGUGUACCAAUGAUCCUUGCCUCUACUAAGGUCUCGGAUGAACAGAAGGAAUUAAGUGGUAAUAUCAUGACUCUCUCAUACAGCGUUGGUCUCACUGGUGGGAGCGCCGUCGCUUAUCUUCUAGAGGCCUGGGUCGGUCCAUAUCUUACAGAGGACCCUUGCACGAUCCGUAACAUUACUAUUAUACAGCAUCCUUACAACGCUACAAUGUUCAUCGAGGCGUUGACUAAACUUUCCGAAACACGCACUGGUUGAGGAAAGAAAAUGGAAAACUUCAAUAGAGAGUAAGGCCACAGUCCCAUUACGAUCAAGAAAUUUGAAACUAAGCCCACGGGUUAUAUAGACCAGAAUGUUAGGGCUGUAACACUGGAGAGUUGAUAGGACGUGGGACUCAACAUUAUGUUGUAAAUUAAAGGUGCUUUACGUGAUGCUUUCUAACCGUGGGAUGUCUGCGUAUGGAGAUGUUCCAACUAUGUGAUGUGUAUGCUAAAGUUAUUUCCCAAGUAGUGGAACAGAUAACCAAGGGAGUAACUCAAUCGGUUCAAACGACACACCUGAUGUUAAAUCAACAGGGCUUCGGAAGAGUUGCAAUUCAUUUUUGUUGGGGUUGUUUUAUCACAGUCUUAGUUGACAUCAGUUUACUAAAGU